AACCUAAUCCACACUUAUAAGGAAUUUUACACCCGGAAGUUGUUUGUUUUGAUGAAAAAUGACAAAAUGGAAGUAUGUUAUUGAAUGGUUGUUUACCUCUUUGAUAUUUCAUUAUGGUUAUUCUGCAUACAACAUAAGCAGUGAUAUUUGCCUUGAAAAGCUGUUAGAUUUUGCAUUUGGAGAUAAAGGAUGCAAGUUUACGUUGGCAGAAGCUAAACAAAGGCUUGAAGGAGACAAAAGUGUCUGUCCCCGAAAAUGUCACGUAAAAAUAAACAACUUAGAGGAAAAGAAAUGGAGUUUGACAGUCACAUAUCGAUUGUCAUCUAUAGAUCUGAGUAUCAAUGGCUUGAUCGAGGAUUCAGUGGCAAUCCAAAGGGAAUGUGGCUUUGUAUAUAGAGAAAGGAGGUCUUUAGAAAUAAAUUGCAAAACGGAUUCAAAACUUUGGAAUUUGAAAGUGAACGAAACGUGCCAGCGAGAUGAUCAGUGUUCAACGGUUUUUGGUUCUAUUUGUCAGAAUAAUACGUGUGUCUGUAAGCCUGGAGUUGUCCCAUUAAAUGAUUCAGAGCCGGUCUUAGAUGGGAAUUUACAAGCAUUUAUCCAGGACAAGAAAGACGAUGAAGCUGUCAGUGUGACAAUUGGAGCUGUUUUUGGAAGCUUUAUUUUAGGCAUUGUCCUAACUGUUGUAGUUGGAAACAUUUAUCAACGUCUUCGAUAUAGAAAAUUUAAAACUAAAGAAUGUUCAAGAUCAGCAGUAUUUAAUAAUGCUACUUACGAGACUGAAAUAGAUGUACUCCAAAACAAUCCUCUCGAAAAACGCUUCAAUGAGAAAAAAGAUGUAAACGUGUCACCUUUUGCCCACUCACAUGAAUUAAAAAAGAACAGAAACAAUGAAGGAGAUAUAAAAAGUUCGACGGAAAAUAAUGACGUAAACAAUGACGUAUACAAUCAUCUGCUUGAAAAGGAGGAAAAUCUCGACGUAGAUGAAAAUUAUGACCAUGCCCAUGGAAACAUAAAUCCUUCAAUGGAAGAAAGUGACUACAGUAAUCUCAAUACUGGGAGAACUUAUAUGGGAUCCAAUAUUUUUGCUGCAGAACAAAAUGAUUAUGACGACCAAGAGCCAGUUAAUGAUUACUGUUCACUAAAACAAUAAAUAAAAAUUAUUACAUUUGUGUGCAUAGCAAGGUUGCCCAUUAUAUUAAAUUUAUGUCACUUAAUUUCUAACCGUUUGUUGCCUUUGAUUUCAACUCAACGAACAUCAUUAAAAAUAUAAAGGUAAAAAAUAAACUACAACCUUUCAAAACAUAUCAAUAUUUUUGUCAGGAUUUUUUCUUUCAUAAUUAAAAAUUAUCACACAAUCAAUUUAAAUAUUUUUUUUAAUGUUGUCGUCUCAGUAAGAGGUCUCCAUUUAAAGUUAGAUUAAAACUGACUCGGACACCCUAUACAGAAAAUUUUGCGAACAACUUCUCAUAAGAAUUUUCGUUCAAAUCGCGUAAAUAAUAUUUUUUUUAUUAUAAAGGACUUUGGCUGUUUAGGCUGAUAUUUUAUCAAGGUCAUUUGACAUGUGUUUUUGUAUAUAUGACAGUUUUUGAAAGCCAACAUUGUAAAGCCGAACAAAAGACUAAUUCAGAUAAUCACCGUUUUGAGUCCAUUGCUACACAGU